CACUGCUCCUCAGCCAAAUUGGUUUUUUGUUUGUUUCAGUCACGCUUUGGGAUUGGAAGGCCUUUCAAAUAAGGAUGUUAAUAAUACCUUAUUAACAAGUAGCACCUAGAGAGCUAGAUUGUGUUACCCUCAUUUUACUGAUGGAGUAUGGAGGCAUAGAGAGCUUAAGGGACUUUCUCCAGGUUACGGAGGGCCAAGAUUAGAACCUAGAUUGCCCCAGAGCCUCGUUUUGUACCAGACCAUAGCACCUCUGUGGUGUUCUUAAUUCCCACUGAGACGAAUUGAGCAUCAGAAGACCUGUGUUCAAAUUGUAGCUUUAUCACUAGCUUUAGGUUGAGUGACAUCUUUCUGAGCUUCUGUGUAGAAGAUAAUAGCUACACCAUCCCCUAAGGUAGUUGUGAGAAAUAUUAAAAGUAAGAGGGCUUUGUAGUUUGGAAAAAGUGCUUUUAUUACCACUGUCUCUACUUUAUAUAGAUGGUAGACCCUGUAACCAAGACGAUGAAUUGUUUUUCUCUUUGAAAUCUUCUCUCUGUUCGUAUCCUUCCAAGUCUGCCCACACCAUGGGGCCUUGUAUCCCCAAAGGUCUCUCCUGGUGGUGACAGCCUUGGUAACUGCCUACCGCAGCUCCUUAUGAGCUUGUCAUCCAGAGAAUGAUGCGGGAAACUAGGACUUUCUCUUGGCUGUACAAGGAUAGACUAGAUAUGAGUGUUCUGGGAGAGACUUUUGAGGUAACAGAAUGCAUUGAGAGUUUACCUCAGAUACUGCCCAGAUCAUCUUGGCCUUAGGUCGAAUGAAGGUCCUAGACAGGCCAGUAUAACUUCAGAGAUCUCUUGGAGCCACUCUCAGAGCUUCUAGGGUUUGUUUCUGCCUGGAAAUGUACUCGUUGGUGUAUCCUGGAUCAGGGAUUCCCAACCCCCAGGCCGCAGACUGUGGCCUGUUAAGAACCAGGCCGUACAGCAAGAGGCCUGUCCCCUCGGUUCCCAGGUGCCAUGAGGAAGCCUCGUCGGAAGUCCCGGCAGAAUGCCGAGGGCCGGCGUUCCCCGUCCCCCUACAGUCUCAAGUGUUCACCCACCCGGGAGACCCUGACAUAUGCCCAGGCCCAGCGGAUUGUCGAGGUAGACAUUGAUGGACGCCUGCAUCGUAUCAGCAUCUAUGACCCACUCAAAAUCAUCACUGAGGAUGAGCUAACUGCCCAGGAUAUCACCGAAUGCAAUAGUAACAAGGAAAACAGUGAACAGCCUCAGUUCCCUGGCAAGUCCAAGAAACCCUCAUCCAAGGGCAAAAAGAAGGAAUCCUGCUCCAAGCAUGCAUCUGGUACUUCCUUCCACCUCCCACAGCCCAGCUUCCGUAUGGUGGACUCAGGCAUCCAGCCAGAAGCACCCCCGCUGCCUGCUGCCUACUAUCGCUACAUUGAGAAGCCACCUGAAGACCUGGAUGCAGAGGUAGAGUAUGACAUGGAUGAGGAGGACCUUGCCUGGCUGGACAUGGUGAAUGAAAAGCGGCGAGUAGAUGGGCACAGUUUGGUGUCUGCAGACACCUUUGAGCUGCUGUUAGACCGGCUUGAGAAAGAGUCAUACUUGGAGAGUCGCAGCAGUGGGGCCCAACAGUCACUCAUCGAUGAAGACGCUUUCUGCUGUGUGUGCCUGGAUGAUGAAUGUCACAAUAGCAACGUUAUUCUCUUCUGUGACAUCUGCAACCUGGCAGUACACCAGGAGUGCUAUGGCGUCCCCUACAUCCCUGAGGGCCAGUGGCUGUGCCGCUGCUGCCUGCAGUCUCCCUCCCGGCCUGUGGAUUGCGUCCUUUGCCCCAAUAAGGGUGGCGCCUUCAAACAGACCAGUGAUGGGCACUGGGCUCAUGUGGUGUGUGCCAUCUGGAUCCCUGAAGUCUGCUUUGCUAACACCGUGUUCUUGGAACCUAUUGAGGGCAUUGACAAUAUCCCGCCUGCCCGCUGGAAACUAACCUGCUAUAUCUGCAAGCAGAAAGGGCUAGGUGCAGCCAUCCAGUGCCAUAAGGUGAACUGCUACACAGCAUUCCAUGUGACAUGUGCACAGCGGGCUGGGCUCUUCAUGAAGAUUGAGCCCAUGCGCGAAACCAGCCUCAAUGGCACCAUCUUUACAGUGCGCAAGACUGCCUACUGUGAGGCCCACUCACCACCAGGUGCUGCCACUGCUAGGAGGAAGGGCGACUCCCCUAGAAGCAUCAGUGAGACUGGUGAUGAGGAAGGGCUGAAGGAGGGUGAUGGAGAGGAGGAAGAAGAGGAAGAAGUAGAGGAAGAGGAGCAGGAAGGCCAAGGCGGGGUGAGUGGCCCCCUCAAGGGAGUGCCCAAGAAGAACAAGAUGAGUUUGAAGCAGAAGAUCAAGAAGGAGCCAGAGGAAGCAGGCCAAGACACACCCUCCACUCUCCCCAUGCUCGCUGUCCCACAGAUACCCUCUUACAGGUUGAACAAGAUCUGUAGUGGUCUCUCCUUUCAGAGGAAAAACCAGUUUAUGCAGCGGCUUCACAACUAUUGGCUGUUGAAGCGGCAGGCACGGAAUGGUGUCCCUCUUAUCCGGCGCUUGCACUCCCAUCUGCAGUCCCAAAGAAACGCUGAGCAGCGAGAGCAGGAUGAGAAGACAAGUGCAGUGAAGGAAGAGCUGAAGUAUUGGCAGAAGCUCCGGCAUGACUUGGAGCGGGCGCGGCUGCUGAUUGAGCUGAUUCGGAAGAGAGAGAAGCUCAAACGAGAGCAGGUCAAAGUCCAGCAGGCUGCCAUGGAGCUGGAGCUGAUGCCAUUCAAUGUUUUGUUGAGGACAACACUGGACCUGCUGCAGGAGAAGGAUCCUGCACACAUCUUCGCAGAACCAGUCAACUUGAGUGAGGUUCCAGAUUACCUGGAAUUCAUAUCCAAGCCAAUGGAUUUUUCUACUAUGAGGCGGAAGCUGGAGUCCCACCUGUACCGCACCUUGGAGGAGUUUGAGGAGGACUUUAACCUUAUAGUUACCAACUGCAUGAAGUAUAAUGCUAAAGACACAAUUUUCCACCGAGCAGCUGUCCGCCUGCGGGACCUGGGAGGGGCCAUCCUACGGCACGCCCGGCGGCAGGCAGAGAACAUCGGCUAUGACCACGAGAGGGGCACUCACCUGCCCGAGUCACCCAAAUUGGAAGACUUUUACCGCUUCUCCUGGGAAGACGUGGACAACAUCCUCAUCCCAGAGAACCGGGCCCAUUUGUCCCCAGAGGUGCAGCUGAAGGAGCUGCUGGAGAAACUGGACCUGGUGAGCGCCAUGCGGUCCAGUGGGGCCCGCACCCGCCGUGUCCGCCUGCUACGCCGGGAGAUCAAUGCCCUUCGGCAGAAGCUGGCACAGCCACCACCACCACAACCACCAUCACUCAACAAGACAGUAUCCAAUGGGGAGCUGCCAGCAGGGCCCCAGGGGGAUGCAGCUGUGCUGGAGCAGGCCUUGCAGGAGGAGCCAGAAGACGAUGGGGACAGAGAUGACUCCAAACUGCCUCCUCCGCCAACCCUGGAGCCCACUGGGCCUGCACCUUCCUUGUCUGAGCAAGAAUCCCCCCCGGAGCCCCCUACUCUGAAACCCAUCAAUGAUAGCAAACCUCCAAGCCGGUUCCUAAAGCCCAGAAAGGUGGAAGAAGAUGAACUCUUGGAAAAAUCACCACUGCAGCUAGGGAGUGAGCCUUUGCAACGCUUGCUCAGUGACAAUGGCAUCAACAGACUAUCCCUCAUGGCCCCUGACACCCCAGCCGGUACCCCACUUAGUGGUGUGGGUCGCCGCACAUCAGUCCUCUUCAAGAAGGCCAAGAAUGGGGUUAAGCUACAGAGAAGCCCAGACAGGGUCCUGGAGAAUGGCGAGGACCAUGGUGUGGCAGGCUCUCCUGCCUCUCCAGCCAGCAUCGAGGAAGAGCGCCACUCCCGGAAGCGGCCAAGGAGCAGGAGCUGUAGUGAGAGCGAAGGGGAGAGGUCCCCCCAGCAGGAGGAAGAGACAGGCAUAACCAACGGCUUUGGAAAACACACCGAAAGCGGGUCUGACUCUGAAUGUAGUUUGGGUCUCAGUGGUGGACUGGCAUUUGAAGCUUGCAGUGGUCUGACGCCCCCCAAACGCAGCCGUGGGAAGCCAGCCCUGUCUCGAGUGCCCUUCCUGGAAGGUGUGAACGGAGACUCUGACUACAAUGGCUCAGGCAGAAGCCUCCUGCUGCCCUUUGAAGACCGCGGAGACCUGGAGCCCUUGGAGCUGGUGUGGGCCAAGUGCCGAGGCUACCCCUCCUACCCUGCCUUGAUCAUCGAUCCCAAGAUGCCCCGGGAGGGCCUCCUGCACAAUGGCGUUCCCAUCCCUGUCCCCCCGCUGGACGUGCUGAAGCUGGGAGAGCAGAAACAGGCAGAGGCUGGAGAGAAGCUCUUCCUUGUCCUCUUCUUUGACAACAAGCGCACCUGGCAGUGGCUUCCAAGGGACAAAGUCCUGCCCUUGGGUGUGGAAGACACCGUGGACAAGCUCAAGAUGCUGGAAGGCCGCAAGACCAGCAUCCGCAAGUCAGUGCAGGUGGCCUAUGACCGUGCGAUGAUCCACCUGAGCAGAGUCCGGGGGCCCCACUCCUUCGUCACUUCCAGUUACCUGUAAGGGCAGGGCUGGGCCUGCAUCUGCCUGCCCUGCCUCCAUCCCACAGGGCACAGAAGCCUCUUCUGCCCCUGCCAGAUGUAUGGCUGGCAGCUUCCCCCUCUCAUGGUAGGCCAGGGACUGGGCUUUCUCCCCACUAGGGGCAAGGCCCCAGUUUGACCAAUUGCAUGGUUCUCCUGGCAGGCCUGCUGUGUGCCAAAAACUCCCACCCAAGGUCCCUCAGGGGAUAUUUCACUGAAGAACUAGUUAGAAGUAGAAACAGCUGUGGGGCUUGGGCCCAGCUUAGGAGAUGGACCCCGCCCAGAUGGCAAGAGGUCCUGGGCUCCUUCUUGAGGGGCUGCCUGGCCCCCUCCAUCCUACUCCCACUAACUACACCUCAGGGCGGGUGAGGUUCUGACACUGAUCCCAGAGAUGCUGUGGAUACGCCAGGGUCCCAAGGGGAAUCUCCCCAAGCUCACUCUCUCUCCCGCUUAUCGCCUAUUCUCACACCUCUUCCCGGUCCCAUCUUCUGCACCCAUUGCCCAGUCUUGCUUUCUCUUUCCCAUGUUCCUUUUCUUUUCCUCUUGUGCCAAACUGACAGAAACCGUCACCACACUGGUCUUUUUCUUUAAUGUCUCAUUCCCCUUGAGGCCAGCUGCUAUGCCAGGUGGUGUCUCUGCCAGGCUCCUCAGGCCCAGACAGAGGCCAGCCCACAACCUAUGACCCCCUCCCCCAGGAUACCACCUCCCACCCACAGACCUUCCCUUCUGCUGUUGACACAACUUCCCGGCUCUGCGAGUGUGCCCCCUGGAUCAAGGCGGGUCCCUGUUGUUUUUUUUUUUUGCUGCCACGAGGUGGCCCAAGCCUUCAGGGUGGGCUCCUGUCAGGCUGGGUGUGCGAGUGUCCAUCUGUCCACGUGGUUGUCGAGGGUGGUUUGGGUGGAGCUGUGCUCGUCAGCUGGGUCUGCCCUCAUCCCUCUUUUCUCCCCUCAUGGACUUUUUCUGCAAUUGCAGUCUUAUGCUUCACUCUCCACCACCUGGAUGGCAUGGCGCCUGCCACCAAACAUCUUCCUGGCCUGUGCUCUGCCCUGCCCUGCCUAGCCUCUGCUACUCCCACUUCCUAACUCCAGGGAAUGCAUUACUUUUAUUUCAAACCCUCUGCCUCCUUCCUCCUUUCUCUUCAACCCGCUCCCCACCUUCACCUUCUCAAAAAUGGAAGGAAAAAAAACUGUGAAUGGGGAAUGCUGACUGACAAACCAACACAACUUUCAGAGGCUUCAGUGUCUGUUCUCUGGACAUUUCUUUUCACCUCCUGAGCACCAAAGUCGCAGGGCCAGUUGCAGGCCACUGAUUGCCAUGUUGAUUUUUAACCUGAUAUUCUUUUUAAUUGUUUUAAAUUUUUCAUAGGGGAGUUUUGGACAAAACAAAGUCACUGGGGAGAUCACUGCCAUUUUUACACACUUGACUUUUUAAAAAUACAACCAACCAACCACCACAACUUCUUAUACAUUUGGGACAUGAGCCAGAGUUUAAAAGGGAACCAACAAAACACUAUAACUUAAAAGGAUGGGGUUUUGGAUUUUGUAUAAUAAUAAAAACAAUACAGCAUAUGGCUAGGGAAGGACAUGGUGUAUAUAAUUGUAAAAUACUGUUCUAAAUUAUUCAGGCCUAUAGUUUCCAUUACUGGAGUCCUCCAUUGUGUGGCCACACAGUGUCGUUGAUUUAAAGGAGCCAGUGCUUCCCCUCUCCCCAGGUAGUUGGUCAGCUGUGGACUCUGUGACCUUUGUCUAAACCUGUGUUGUAAGAUCUUGGGACUUCCUCUCUUUCUAUGUCUGUCUCUUCCCCCCAACACUUUCUCUUCUUAGUCUCUCUCUUUAUUUUUCAAUCUCUGAAUAUUUUAGUCUCUCUCUGAGUCUCAUUUUUUAAAAUGCUCUUUUAGAACGGGAAACGGCUCAGAUCCUGCUGUGGCACGGGGCCUAUGUGUCUCUGUCGCGUCUGCUGUGAAGCACAUGAUGCUCUAUUUAUUGUAGAAAGUGACUUUAUUUGCUUUCUAGAAUUGUUUAUAACAGAUGGUAUAAGAGAGGUAAUAAACAGAGAAAAAUCUAUGCUUGUAAAGAAUACAAAAGUUAAUUUUACCUACUAUAAUAUGACUGUCUGAAACUUAUUUUCUCUCUGAGAAAUAAAUGUUCUAGUGGGCAGUA